AUGUACACAGCAUUCAUAUUUUAUUUGGUUUCAUCAAUAUUCGAUUCAUGGUCAUAUACAGACAGUUACGAAGUUGCCCGCAAGAGGUCCAUAAAGGCGGAGGAAGAGUCCGACCUUACAUCGGAAGCAGAGACAUCGCAAAAAAGAAUACGGCGACCUCCGACAUUUUUCGAUGACUACCUCACUGACAGCAGCGAUGAGGAGGGAGUAACUGAAGAACCACCUCCAGAAGGUGACAUUGAAUUUCUCGCUGAGCCCCCACCGCCACCACCUCUUCAAAGAAAAAGUGGAGCACAUUGUGGAGGAGCAGGCCAAACUGAUGGUGAUGACUUGGUGUUGCCCAAAGGAAGACCAAAAAGUGCAUCUUCUUUGAACUGCUCUGCUGAACCUUCAAGAAAUGCUUUGGUCACAGUUCUUAGGGAACUUGAGUGUAUUAAGGCACAGUUGACAAGCAUGGCUACAAUGUUGGCCAGAAUACAGAUGCAUGUGAAUGCUGAUGACCCUACUGCCAUGGCUGGUCCAGUCCAUCCAGAAGACCUUCCAGUCUAUCCAGUGAAGACAAGAGAGGAAUUUGCCUUCCUGGAGGCUAGCUUAAAAAAUGAAGCCAUUUUUGCAAAGCUAGUGAAAGAGCUUGGCCAAAUUGGAGGUAGAGAUGUAGCCUCUACAACAAAAACGGUGUUUAAGAAACUUGUCGGAGAUGAAGUUGCCGUCUUCUACAACAGAACCGGGCGAAACGGAAAGCAAGAAGCCGGGAAACUGAAGAUCUUUAGCCUGAUCUAUGCUGCUGUACGUGUAACCCGCAAAACUGCAACAGACGACGAGAUGGGCCGCGCCAUUGGUGAUUGGCUGCGCUUCGCCAACGUCCGGCUCCGUGCUCAAGGUUCAUUUGGCCCCAUCGACAAGCGCUGCACCAACAAGCUCAGCUCCGGGUCGUCACAAGCCAGAAAAGUCGAAAACAUCCCAUCGACAGAAACUGUGGUUUGACUUGGGAAGAUGAAAAUCAGUUUGUUUCAAUUUUUUUUUUUCUGUCUAGUCCUGUUCUAGACUUUCUUCAGCCUAUUUCAUAUUCUAUUGUCAUAUUUUACUUUUUAAAGUGGCAAUAAGGCUAUUUAAUGUCUCGACUUCUGUUCUAGUCUAGUGACAGGCUUUACUGUGGUUUGACUUGGGAAGAUGAAAGUCUGUUUGUUUUAAUUUUUUUUUUCUGUCUAGUCCUGUUCUAGAGUUUCUUCAGCCUAUUUCAUAUUCUAUUGUCAUAUUUUACUUUUUAAAGCGGCAAUAGGCCUAUUUAAUGUCUCGACUUCUGUUCUAGUCUAGUGACAGGCUUUAGUCAGUCCUUUCCGGCUUUUCUUUAAUACGAUACCGUUUUAGUAAUCAAGUUUUUCUAACUGCUUCUACACAUGGCAAUUGUAUAUAGUGCCAGCUGGACAUAAAAGGAUUAGAGAGAGAUAAGAAAGACACACCGUUGGACUAGCAACUGUUUAAUCAGAUCAUCUUUUUCUUCAUCUACGUUGAGUUUCUCUUCUUUUUUAUCUACACUGCAUUUGAUUUAAUUGAGGAGUUCCUUUUCUUCUAGUCUUAUACUCGAGCGUCUCCUCGUCUUCCAUUUGUCCACCAUGGGUGCGGCCCCUCUAAGAUACUCACCUUCCUUGUGGUGUAGUGCGAUGGAAGGUAUACCCACACACUUGUCCGCUUUUGCGUCAAUAGCAAAGGCCUCCAGGAUUUCUCGAGUGAACUUGUGGCGGUUUCUUGCCAGGAUGUUUAGGCUAGAAAAGUCUGGUACACACAGGCACAUAUGACAAUGGGCAGGUAGGUGCUCUGCACGCUGUGGUGGCCUUCACCGAAGCUGCAUGUUCUCUCGUCUAGUCACUGAUGCACCUUCCCUUCUGUCCAAUGUAACAUUGACUACAUGACAUGGGAUUUGGUGCACAACCUCCUUCUCACAUUUGGUGUACUUGGCAGUUCAUUUUCUCCUUGUUGGCCCUCUUGUUUACAUGAUGAAAAAUUGCACACAAAGAGACAAGGGAAAAACACAGAAGUCAGAGAGGCGCAUACUCGCAACUCUGGUAUAUUAAGUGAAGAAAGAAAAGAUGAAGCACGAUUCAUGACGGGGGACAUCAACACCAGGGGGUAAACAGUUCAGUCAUAGUGAGGUGUUCGCAAAAAGGCAACUUCUUUUUCGCUCAAAGCAACCGACGGCUGACUAACGCAGAGAUCGGUCAGACUCAAGAUGGUGAACGCAUCGAGCACCUCGCGCGUUUGUUUAUCAUUAAAGUGCCCAAUGAUUGAGAUUUUUUUCUAAAGAUGGUGUGCAGAUAGAGGUCUUACAAUGCACCAAAAGGUUGACCUCAUACAGUUUAUGAUCGUGCUCUCGCAGCCAGUCAUUCAAACACUUUCUAGUCUGUCCGACAUAGCAUCUUCCACAGGGAAGAGGAAUGCUGUACACUACGCUCAAUGAACGAGGAGUGAAAGGCUGCACAUGUUUUUUGUGGCGCGUGUCUUUUUCGCUUUGGCGCAAACCUUAGAACAAAUUUGUCACAUCUUUUUAGAGGCUGAUAAUACUACGGGCACACCAUACCUACUUACCACUUGUUUUAGAUUAUGCGAUAUCUUGUGUAGAUACAAUCUAAAACAAGUGGCAAGUAGGUGUGCUGUGCCCACAGUAAUAUCAGCCCCUAAAAAAAUAUGACAAAUUUGUUUAAGGUCUGCGCCAAAGAGAACAAAUUAUAAAAAACACGUGCCACAAAAAACAUGUGCAGCCUUUUUUUUCCUGUUCAUCGAGCGUUGUAUACAGCAUUCCUCUUUCCUGUGGAAGAUGCUAUGUCGGACAGACUAGACAGUGUUCGAAUGACUGGCUGCGAGAGCACAAUCAUAAACUGUAUGAGGUCAACCUUUUGGUGCAUUGUAAGACCUCUAUCUGCACACCAUCUUUAGAAAAAACCUCAAUCAUUGGGCGCUUUAAUGAAAAACAAACGCGCGAGGUGCUCAGGGCGUUCACCAUCUUGAGUCUGGCCGAUCGCUGCGUUAGUCAGCCGUCGGUUGCAUGAGCGAAAGAGAACUUGCCUUUUUGCGAAUAUUCCUCUGCGACUGAACUCUUAACCCCCUGGUGUCGAUGUCCCCUGUCAUGAAUCGUGCUGUCUGUCUUCUGUGUUCCUUCCUCGUCUCUUUGUGUGCAACUUUCCAUCAUGUAAACAAAGGGACCAACAAGGAGAAGACAAACUGCAAGGUAUCUCACGAGACCAAGCACACCGAAUGUGAGAAGGAGGUUGUGUACCAAAUCCCACUGUCAUGUGGUCAAUGUUACAUUGGACAGACGGGAAGGUGCAUCGGUGACCAGACUAGGGAACAUGCAGCUUCGGUGAAGGCCACCACUGCAGCAGGGGACCUACCCGCCCAUUGUCACAUGUGCCGGUGUGUACCAGAGUUUUCUAGCCUAACCAUCCUAGCAAGAAACCGCCACAAGUUCACUCGAGAAAU